UGAACUGGUGAUGAAAGGCUUACUCCCUGAAGUUUUGACGCCGUGAAGCAGUCAUACAUCGGAUGGAAAGAAGAAGCACGUCUGUCUGACCUCCACAAGACACGCACGCCAUGCUUAUGACACUCUCCAGCAGAAGAAGAUGGCAAAGAAGGAAAAACAACAGAGCGAAUUGUAUCUGCCAUCCUUGGAGAUGUUCUCUGCAAUGCAUAACAACAACAGAGGAGCGGGCAGGUUUCGCGGGCGAGGACGAGGAAGAGACUUCAGACGGAAUUGGCCCAACAGAGACACAGGAGGCGCAUCUGGAGAUCCAGGAAACGCUUGCCACAUCUGCGGCGAGAUGGGACACUGGAGGAAGUACAGGUUCCACCAUCCCGGGCACUCUCGUCAGACUGACUAGAGGAGGAGCCCAGCGAAGGUUUCCGUUCACAUGAUGACGUAGACGGAGUCAUCGUCCCAUGUGACAACUCUCCAGUGAGGACUCCACUCUUCCCAGUUAAGAAAAUCAGAGACAAAGGACAGCCAACAGAAUGGAGGUUUGUCCAGGAUCUGCAAGCAGUAAAUGCGGCGGUCCAACCACGCGCGCCUACGGCACCGCCCUGCUGCAGUACGUUGACGACUUGAUGAUCUGCAGUGAGGAUCAGGAAACUUGCGCAGCAGACACGAUCAAGCUGCUGAAACACCUGCAUGCUGCUGGACACAAAGCAAGUCUGUCUAAAUUACAGUUCGUUCAGACUGAAGUUACCUUCCUAGGUCACAUCAUCACCGCUGAAGGGAAAUCCAUUUCACCUAAAAGAGCUGAAACUAUUCAGAACCUGCCUAAACCGUGCACAUACAAACAGCUUAUGUCCCUUUUAGGUAUGUGCUCUUAUUGCAGGAAUUUCAUUCCUAACUGCGCCGUCUUGGAGGCUUCGCUUAGAGCUCUGAUGCAGACGUCUUCUGCAUCCACCACCCGCCUCACGUGGACAUCUGAGGCUGAACAGGCGUUCACCGACCUCAAACUAGCUCUUCAGUCGGCUCCUACUUUGGUUCUGCCUGACCCUACGCGACCUUUCACCCAAACAGUGGAUGAGAAAUCAGGUUGUAUGACCUCUGUCCUUCUACAGGAUCACGGAGGGCGUCCACGCCCUGUAGCCUAUUUCUCUGCUAAGCUUGACCCAGUCGCUGCGGGGCUCCCACGAUGCCUCCGAGCAGUGGCUGCGGCAGAGAAAGCCGUGUUGGCAUCACGUGACAUUGUUGGCUAUUCUGAUGUCACCCUGCUGGUUCCUCAUGCCGUGUCUUUGAUCCUUUUGGAACAAAAAACAUCACAUCUUUCUACAGCCCGAUGGCUUAGAUACAACACCAUCUUACUGGAAAUGCCAAACAUCACUGUCAAAAUGUGCAAUGUGCUUAACCCAGCCACUUUGUUUCCAGGCCCUGACGAUGGUGAGCCUCACAACUGUGUUUCGGUCUUGAACCAGGUUUGCACUCCGCGCCCAGAUCUGUCGGAGGUGCCAAUUCCUAACUGUGACCUCGUACUCUUUGUUGAUGGCUCCGCCUCUAGAGACCCUGCUUUGGGCCACUGUCGGGUUGGAUAUGCAGUCUGCACCUCUCAUACUGUUUUACAGUCUGGCCCUUUGCCAGGACAUUACUCUGCUCAGGCUGCGGAGUUGAUUGCACUGACCGAAGCCUGUAAAUUGGCUGAAGGGAAGUCUGUUACUAUCUAUACAGACUCCAGAUGUGCUUUUGGCGUCACACACGACUUUGGUGCUCUGUGGAAACACAGAAAAUUUUUGAAAUCUGAUGGCAAACCUAUCUUGCAUCAUGAUAAGGUUGCUGAUCUGCUCGACGCAAUUCUGUUACCAGCUGCAAUUGCUGUAUGUAAGUGCCCUGCACACACUGGGGGCACUGAUCCCAUCUCUGCUGGAAACGCACGCGCUGAUGCUGCUGCAAAGGCAGCUGCCCUACUCCCCCUUCCCUUUGUUCCCUGCCUCUUAUCCUCCACCUCUACCCAACCUCCCUCUCCUCCCUCUGCUCUGCCUGAUCUUCAGACAUUCUCUACCCCACAGGAACGCAAGCUCUGGAUGACGAAUGGCGCCACCAGUAGCCAUGGCGUUUGGUAUGGGCCCGACGGCAAACCUUGCCUACCUAAACACUUUUUCCCUCAUUUCGCGAAGUUGACACAUGGAUUGGACCAUGUAUCAAAGGGGGGAAUGUUAGAUGCUCUUACAAAACAUUGGUACACUAAGGGAUUUUCAAUCUAUGCACAAAAAUACUGUGAAGCAUGUAUGACAUGCGCCCAACACAACCCAGGUAAGACAACUGCCAGACCACUGGCAGCUCACCCACCACCGGAACAGGCGUUUGACCAUUUAAUGCUGGACUUCAUCGAACUAACACCAGCAGAAGGUAAAAAGUAUUGUUUAGUGAUUGUUGAUAUGUGGUCAAAAUGGGUGGAGGCCUUCCCAGCUAAACAUGAUAACAGCCAUGCAGUUACCAAAGCCUUGCUGACAGAAAUAAUUCCCAGAUGGGGGAUUCCAUCUAAAAUCAGCAGUGACAACGGCUCACACUUUGCAAACCAAGCCCUAGAGGAAGUGCGAAAGUUUCUGAACAUCGACAUCAGAAAGCACUGCUCUUACCACCCCCAAAGCGGAGGGGCGGUAGAGAGAGAGAAUGGCACUUUGAAAAACAAACUGGCUAAAUGCUGCUCAGAGACUGGUCUCAAGUGGACUCAGGCUCUUCCCAUUGUGCUCUCAUACAUGAGAAUGAGGAGAAGGAUGAGAACAAACCUCAAACCGUAUGAGAUCCUAUUUGGUAGACCUCCUAUGAUGGGACUCCACCCUGAGACCAAGACUAGGAUUUUACCACCUACUGAAAUGUGCGAAGACGCAAUGCUACAGUACUGUAAGAACUUAUCCUCUGUUCUGUCCCAAAUCUCCAAACAGGUGAAAGCGGCUCUGCCCAAACAGGCGACAGAACCAUUGCACAUCAUUCAACCAGGAGACUGGGUGAUCAUUAAGGAGCUUCGCAGGAAGCACUGGAACUCAAAGCGGUGGCAAGGUCCCUUCCAGGUCCUUCUGACGACCAACACGGCUGUGAAGAUCGCAGAAAGAGCGACUUGGAUCCACUCCAGCCACUGCAGGAAGGUCCCGGAUCCGACAGACGACCCUCCAUCUACAUCUACACCACACGAGAAAACCACCACUGACGAAAAGAACUGAGAAGGACGACCCUCGCUGUGCUCACACACGCACUGAGGCGAGGUUGCGUUGACCGUUCAGCUAAAGGUGUGAGCCACGCGCCGCCUGAAGCUGCGCCGGUGAAUCACACUAUCAGACCAUACAUCUACACACACGCUCCUGAGAAAACACAUACCCUUUGCCAGGACAUUACUCUGCUCAGGCUGCGGAGUUGAUUGCACUGACCGAAGCCUGUAAAUUGGCUGAAGGGAAGUCUGUUACUAUCUAUACAGACUCCAGAUACGCUUUUGGCGUCACUGUGAUCCCUGUGAUCAGCUGAUCACAACCUGAAGAACCCCAACAAACUGUCAAGGUGUCAACAAACAGGUUGGAAACAAUCUAACGCUACUGUUCAACAGGAAGAAGAAGACAUUAAUUGUGACCCUGUUGUUUUUGAUAUGUUACUUUAAUAUUUGCUCUAAAUUAUGUGAUUGAUUUACAUGUAUACCUCUCUGUGAUUUCAUUCACUAUUCUUAAACAAAGCAUUUUAUGCUUCCACUUGAUUCACACUUACACACAAAUUUUUAUCUUCCACUGACACAAAAUGACAUUCACCAGACGAAACACGAUAAAAAUGAUUGUCAUAUCAACCAUUGCGGUGACAUGUGUGACCUUCCCGUACUUCUGGAGAACUCACACAUUUGUUCACUAUAGAUCCAAACGCGACAUUAAGGACCCUAAAGCCUGGCAGCUUGCCCAAAACUACGUAAAUCAGAACCCCACAGGGAACUUAUGGUUAGCGUACCUCAAGUACACUUCUAAAACCCUCACAAACAAUUCAUGUGUAGCAUGUGCUGUCGCCUGACCCGAUCUCAUGGCUGUGCCCACUCCCUUUAACAGCAGUGAGUGUUACAACGAGCGACAACUGCACAAUAAAGACACCGGGUGUAGAUACAAUGCGGACCCCAGCAUUCCAAGAUGUGAUCCGUCUUGCAAAAUGCGCGCCUUGCACAAUCUGGGCAAGGGUAUGGAGAUGUACAGUCCCGUCACACAUAAGAAAGUAGAGGUGGCCGACAUCAAGGUAACGAAAAAGGAGCCCGCGGCUCCCUUGUAUUACACGGUGUGUACCACGUGUCAGUUUGAAUGCUUCACCUCCAGCCUCGACGGAGGAAUAGAUGUAGGCCACUUUCCCAAUUGUCACCUGACAUGGGACGUCUCCAACGCACACGGACUUAACCCUGAAGACCAUGUGAUCCGGUUUGCGAUUCCAACUCACACCGAUGCUGCCCCUUUACCCUCAUAUACAUAUAGGAUCAAUAAUGUCUCACACGUUGCCCCAUCCUCCACCGACUUAGUCCAGCAAAGGAAGCCCUUGUCCGACAUGUGAUGGCUCUGCGGGGAUCACGCCAGGGCCACCUUACCAACCAAUUAGACCGGCACCUGUACUCAGGUAGUGUUCCUCACAGGGUGAAUACACCUUUUGCCCUCAGCUCCACAGAAACACUCACGCACCAGGCGCAGGGCUCCAGGAGGUUCCUUGGAUCCUGACCUUUACAUAGAUGCAAUAGGCGUACCACGAGGAGUGCCGGAGGAGUUUAAGGCUCGCAACGAGCAUGCGGCGGGGUGGACGAGUGCUAUACCCUUUAUGGGCCCCAUCAUAGAGGUUAACAAGAAUUCGGCCUGGAUCAACUACCUUUAUUACAAUCAACAGCGUUUCAUCAACAAAAAUGCGGGCGGUAUGAGAGGCAUGUCUGGGCAGCUGGCUCCCACGUCUCAGAUGACUUGGCAGAAUAGAAUGGCCCUGGACAUGUCGCUAGCGGAGAAAGGAGGUGUCUGCGUUAUGUUUGGAGAAGCGUGCUGUACUUUUAUCCCCAACAACACUGAUUCUAAUGGUACUGUGACAAAGGCUAUCGAGGGCCUUGAGAGUCUUAGAGACGAAUGGGCUAGAAACUCCGGCGUAGAUCCGUCCCCUUGGCGCUGGCUAGACCAAACUUUUGGAAAAUGGAAAUCAGUUUUUAUGUCGGCAAUAGUCUCGCUUAUCAUCUUCAUGGCCGUGAUCAUGUUGCUUGGUUGUUGUGUUAUUCCUCUAAUUAGGGGUCUCAUCAUGCGCGCGAUAUCAGCGGCGCUUUCGUACCAAAUGACACAAUGCACUACAUUCAGGAAUCCAGAUACCGAUUCACUCAUUAAUUCUGAUGCUGACUCUGUAGAGGAUGAUGUUGACGUUGAUAACGAGGACCACAAAGAUGACUCCGAUGAUGAUGGUAGUGACACAGAGACUGACGCCACAAUAGUUUAAAUCAACAUAUAACCCUCUUCCCAUUUUUGCUUAACUGAACGUGAUCUGAUUGAUUAUAGGCUUAUGUCCCUGUCUUUCCAAAGCUCAUACACAAGGGUUAUUCUAGUAUAACUACCCACAAAAACAGCUCAUAAUCUUUUAUCCCUACGCCAUUUACAUUUUUAUAAGUAAUACAUUUAACGAAUCAUUUUUAAAGAAUGCUUUAUUGCUAUAGAAUGAAUGCCAAGAUUGACAAUUUUUAUUCUUUUAAUGUUUGAUUAAUGUGUAAUCAAAAGGGGGAAAUGUAAUGGAAAAAUUGUACUUUAAUUGUACAUUUCUGACUCUGUAUAGCAACCAUGCAUUCUGUACUUGUUGAUUAGACCCAGAACUGAACAUUCUCAGACAGACAAUCUACAGUAUCUCCCUCUCAAGGUGACCGAUUGUUCAUGGCCUGAGUCUGCCUUUUACCCCUGGGCUCUGGCUCCUUUCUGUCUGAUGCCUCACCAGACCCAAGGCUGUAGCCUUGUUUAUUCCCUGUGUAAUAUGAACAUCUUCACCCACAGUGUGAUAAGGAGAUUCCACCAGGUCCAGGGAAAAAGGUUAAAAGGCAGAAGCAACUUGAGGAUCGUGGGCUCUUUGCAUUAUACCUCCGUGGUGUGUGCACUGAUCUCCCCAGCUGGUUUUUCUUUUUUUUUAUUUGCUUUCCCCAUUAUUUUUAUUUUAUCCUUUCUUUAUUAUUUCAAUAAAUCGCACAAAAGAACAACUCUC